CAGAUGAUUGCAGAAUUGAGGGGUCAUAUCGGUCUGGAAACAACUGGUGACCUUUUGGAGAUCUUACAACUUGGUCAAUAUAAAUGCUUCUGGAACAGGGUUUAUAUUGUUGGACCUUAUUUUUCUGGUAAGAGUUGUCUUGCAAAACUUCUGGUCGGAGAUCCACUGCCACAAGGGCGGGAAUCAACUGAUGGAAUAUGGAUAUACAUGGGAAGGGCCGGUAUGGAUCUGGACAAAAGAGAAUGGAUUGUUAUACCUAAAGGUGAUGCUGUAAAAGAGAUACUUAUAAGCAUGAUGAUGACUCUGUCGAAAUCGGAAUCUAUGGACAGUGACAGCAAGAAACCAAGCUUAUAUGAAUCCAUUGCAUUUUCAAAUAAACAAGGAAGCGAUGAAGAGGUUGAUUUUGCAGAAGCUGCUUCACCAGGUCCAUUUCCUGCAGAAAUUAAAACUUCAAAUUUCUUUGGUUCAGGAUCAAAAUCAAGUUCAGACGAUUUUGGAGAAAUCUGUGCGUCAAAUACGUUUAAUGUUACUCCUACAAGAACCAGGAUACCAGAUAUUUCAUCUUCAGAGCAAAGUUCACAAUUGUCACACACAUCGAGCGAUUCUCUUGACUUCAAUCUACCGCCUGAAAAACAUACUACCACAACUCCAAAACAAGAUAAAAAAAAUGUUGCUAAACCUGCGCAAGAAAAAUAUAAAGAAAAGUUAAUGAAAGAAGUAGAAAACGAAUUAUCACAUAACAAAAUCAAUGAAAUGGUAAUCAAAUCCUUAAGGGAAGGACAGUACAAACAAAACAUAGUCCCUAUUGAUGUCUGGGAUUUCGGUGGACAAAAAGAUUACUACAUGACCCAUCAACUCUUUAUCACAAGCAGAGGGAUAUUUGUUGUAGUUUUUAAUGGGAGCCUUGAUCUCUAUAAACAUAUGCCCGAUUUAUCAUUUUUGCCGGGACAUUUUGGCGAAUCAAAUAUCGCAGUCUACCUUCUUCAUUGGGUGAACUCUAUCUUAACAUACAGCAAACGCUCAGAGGAUGGAUUUCCAAGAAUUGUUUUCGUUGCAACUCAUAAAGACAAGAUCAAAAAGAAUGUGGAUAAACACAAAGAGAAACUUAUGAAAAACCUUCAAGAUCUGUUUCAAUCACACGCAGGGCUCAACCAUCUUGAAUUCAAACCUCUGAUUUUUGUCAAUGCUAUGGAUAGCGAUGAUAUAGAGAUCCAAACACUACGACAACGCUUAAUGAAUAGAGCUACGGAACAUCCACGGUGGGGUGAACAAAUGCCCACAGCCUGGGUCCCGUUAGAAUUACAACUAGCCAUGCAAGCAGAGAAAGGUGUGAAUAUCUUACCUAAAGAACAAAUCAAGAUACUUAAUUCUCAAAAUAAGUCGAUGGUGUUACCAGAUAAACAGUUAGAAACUUUUCUAAAAGCUCAACAUUCGUUAGGUAAAUUACUCUACUUUGACAUUGCAAAUAUUCGUGACUUUGUAAUAAUUACACCAUCAUACUUAGUGGAGGUUCUGAGAUCUAUCGUUACAGAGAAGCAGUUUUGGCCAAAAGAAAAACGAUUUCAAAAUAUUCUUCAAACCAUGCAGCAGACAGGAGCAAUCAGUCGUGACAAUAUUUACUUUAUUUGGAACCAAGACACAUUUAAGCACAUUCUACCAUACAAAGAUUUCAUAAUUGAAAUUUUGGUUCACCUUGAUAUACUAGUUGCUUCAAGAACAUUUGAAGAUGACCUGAGCACUCCAUUGCAAAGCGUUUCACAUUUUCUUGUUCCAUUUAUGAUUACCAGUCCAAACAAUACCAAAUACCUGAACAAAUUUUGUACUUCUAAAAAUGCAAUUUUACUGUCAUAUCGGUUUAUAGAAAAAGUGAUACCACCUGCAUUUCAAUAUAGGUUUCUUGCUUCCUUUGUGGACAUGUGGGAUGUAAAAAAUUACAAAAGCAAAAAGCAUAUGCUUUUCAGCAAUCUUGCAGUUGUAGAAGUAGACGGAAAACAUGAUGUAGCAGUCCAAGUUGUCGAAAAUAGAGUUGUCGUGUCACUUAUUCAUUCAGAGAAGAAAGAAAACAUUCUACCAACACUUGCAUCUUCUGUCCAGGAAUGUUUGACUGCAGCAGUUCACAGAAUUUCCGAAUUUUACUCCACACUGUCGGCAGAAAUCAACGCCAAAGAACAAAAACCCGAAUCUCAUAUGGUGAUGCCAUUUGAGAUUGAAUUUGGUGUUCAUUGCAAUAAAACAUUAUGUUUCUUCCUUCAUGAUAGAAUACCAAGUCAUCAAUGGCGAUGCGAUACGCACAAGAAAUGUCACGAUGUCAGCUGUCUAAAAUUGUGGCUCGCAGACAAGGCUGCUCGUGAUCAAUGUGCGAUUUCUUGCAGAGGACUUAACAGAUUAGAAAUGGAGCAAUCUCCUUCUGACAAACACAUUAGAAGACUAGCAUCAAAUUUAGAAACUGAAAGUUGUCGACAAUUAUUAGUUAUGCUUGGAUUAGAAGUAAGAGUCUGGGAGGAAGUAGAGGAUCAGUUCAAUUCUCCCGCUAUUCACGAAAACGACUUCAAAUUUACAGUUAUGAUGAAAUGGAAGCAGCGAACAAUAGAUUCGUCUUUCAGGAUCAUCGAAGAUGCGUUUGCUGCAAUUAACCUUGACAAGCAUUUACUUUGUGAGAUAUUUAGGGAUGUAGAUGUUGACGACAUACUUAAAAGGUUUAGUAUUCAAGAAAAUACGACGAACACAGUACCAUCGAACUAUACAUUGCAGAAUUUGUCUACCCAUAUUAUUGGAAAUAGUGGUAUGCAACUUGGUAUAGAACUCGGAUUGGACAGCACUGUGAUCCAGGGAAUUCAAUACGAACACAAAGGAAAAUUAGUGCAACAGAACAAAGUCAUACUGCAAUUUUGGAGUCAAACAAAAUUUCCUAAACCAACAGUAAAAGACCUUAUCAAGGCUUUACAUAGAAUUGGGAAAAUAGGUUGCCUGAAGAACAUAUCAUUCUAAGGAAUAGAAGAUAAUACAAAGAACAGUAAUCUUCUCUUUGAACUUUAAAUACAUUAAUGUUUAUCCAUGUUUAUAGUGAGACAAUGUCCACUUGAUGAUAUGUCAGAAUAUUUACAUGAAAACAUGAACUAGUUGCCAAUCAAUUGUUUCAAAGAUUAUUACCCUGGCAAAUAGUUUUAAAACCAUACCUUUCGAACAUUUUU